AUGGUGACAGUUGUAUCCGACCAUAUACUGGAUGGUUGCUCUCCCGCCGUCGAGAUGUUUGCGAACGUCCAGCCAACCUGGAUUCCUGUUAGCUCACCUGGAGCCAUAGAAGAUAACCAAAGUGCCACUCAAAUUGAUAAAAUAUCACAAGAAUCAAGCAACAGCAUUUCCAAGGAUGAGUGGACUCCAUCAUUGCUGCGUGACAAACCAUGCAACGAAGAAUGUUAUGAUCCUCUCGUAGUUUCGAUAGGCCCUUAUCAUCAUGGAAAGCAAAAGCUCGACGCAUUUGAGAAGCUAAAAAUUCCAGUCGCACGGGAAUUCGUUCGUGCCUGUGGUAAUCAAGUAUCCAUCAAACAGUUGUACGAAGAGGUGGCAAAGGUGGGUGAAAGUGUCCUCAAAUGCUAUGAGAAAGGUUCGACUGAAGAGUAUAAUGAUGAAUCGUUUACAAAAAUGAUGCUUCUUGAUGCUUGCUUUGUGCUUCAAUUUAUGUCCAUUUCCGUAGCUAAAAAUAAUUGUGCCAAUAGGACAGAUAUGGAACAAGAUGAAGUAGAUCCACUACAACCUUGGAGUCGCUUCCAUUUUUUUGCGAGGAGGGACUUGUUCUUGCUAGAGAAUCAAAUUCCUUUACUAGUACUAAAAGUUUUGAUGAAAUUCAGGUUCACAAAUGAAAUCAAGGGGACAACGUUGAUUCUGAAUUUCCUUAAUCAGAAGGCCGCCAUACUGCCACUUCAGGAAAGUAGAUGCACUAAUGCUGUCAAGAAACUUGUGCAACGAAUGAUGGGAUGCUGUCUUCAGAAAAAGGAGAAAUGGAAAAUAGAUAUGAAUGCAUGCCAUCCUCACCUUCUAGAUCUGGCUUGGGAACAACUCCUCGGGUCAUCUCCUGAAGAAAAAAACGAGAACAAAUUUCGGGAACAGCUCGUCCGAUCAUCUCCUGGAGACAAAAACAAGGAGAAAUUUGGCAAAUGUUAUUCGUAUCGUUCAGUAAUGGAGCUCAAAUCAACAGGAAUUCAUUUCAGACCAAGUGAAACUAACCAUGUUACUGAUGUAAAGUUCAAAUCUCACCUUAUUUAUGGUACUCUUACACUUCCUCCACUCGUGGUAGACGAUUCAACAAAAUCUUUGUUAUUAAACUUGGCGGCUUAUGAAAUGUGUCCCCAUGGCCCUUCUGAUUGUCGCAUUAUGUCAUACAUUUUCCUAAUGGAUUCAUUCAUUGAUCGUGCCGAUGAUGUUAAAGAGCUCUGA